AGGUUAGUCUUUGUUAUUAUUGGCCUUGUUAACCUAACAGUGCUAACAGUAUUUAUAGACCAACAGUACAAUUAUUACAAUUUUAUAGGCCAACUUAGCACAGAAUUCUCUGGGUGUCUUACAACAAGAAAUAACUGAAUAAUUUAAAGUACAACAAUAACAGAGACAGUAAAAAUUAAACACAGUUGUGGUUACUAACACCAGCUUUAAAAAAAAAACAGCUAGAGAAACUGGUGUACGAAAAUUUAAAAGGAAAAUGUAUUUGUCAGGCAGUUAACUCUCUUGCCCCAAAAAUAUUAUUCAGUCCAACCUUUAGUGAAGAACCAAGUGCUAUAAUGACAGAGGGCUUGUGCAAAUCUAGAGAACUUGUUGGCUAUAAUUCAGUUGGAUAGAAGUAAAGAUGGACAAAUAAUUAUAUCUCUCUGUCCAACUUUCUGGUUUGAAUUCAAUAUAUUUCAGAAUUUUUUGCCAAUACAGUAACUACUUCAUGCGGUAUUCAUGACUAUUGCUACUCAAAAAAAGAAACCCCAAACAUAUUAUUCCAUCCAAAACUACAAGAGGUUGUCUCUAAGAUAUGACUAAGGAUUGAUGAUCCCAAUGCAAGAGUGAUGCAAGUUGCCAUGUCCAUCAGGUGGGAAGGAUGAGUGCGUAUGCUGACAUUUAUGCAUCAAAGCAGGGACAACAGGGUUCCACAGAGGGUGGUUACCAGCGCUAUGGAGUUCGCUCUUAUCUGCAUCAGUUUUAUGAAGACUGCACAGGAUCCAUUUGGGAGUAUGAUGAUGAUUUUCAGAUCCAGAGAUCACCCAACAAGUGGAGCUCUACAUUUUGGAAGAUUGGACUCAUCUCGGGGACAAUGUUUAUGCUGACAGGGAUUAUAGUUCUUGUAGUAGGGUUUCUGGUAACCCCCAAAAUUGAAGCCCUUGGAGUAGAAGAUUUUGUGGUAGUGGAUUCCCAUGCUGUCCAAUUUAACCGAGCCCUUGAUGUGUGUAAGUUGGCAGGAGCAAUAUUAUUUUGCAUUGGAGGGACCACAAUGGCAGCCUGUUUACUUAUGUCCGCAUUUGCAAAAAGCUACUCGAAAGAAGAAAAGUACCUGCAACAGAAAUUUAAAGAGAGAAUAGCAGAUAUGAAAGUCCAGACAUAUCCAGUCACAAAAGCCCCAGCACCUGGAGAAUCCAAGAUACCCGUUACAUUGUCCAAAGUUCAAAAUAUCCAACCAUUAUCUGAGACCUGAUUCCUGUUCUCUCUAUCCUAACACACCCUUCUUGUGAAUUUGAAAAGGUGGUCUUGACUAGCACUUGAACCUGGGUUUGCAGUGCGGCAGUUCUGCACUCAGCAGGAAAAGAAGCAGGCAGGGGGGGGAAACCCCUAUUUUGAUAGGACUACAGGAGUGACAAGGAAGUGAAGGUUCAGCCAUCAUUGGUUUCAAUAAAGCGUUAUCAUGUAUGUUGUGAAGGGGUUUUUUUUAAUGUCCACAGAACCAUUUAGGUUCUCCCUUCCAGAACAUGGUUCAUUCUUCUCUAUUUAGCUCAUCCUUGUUACAUAUUUUAUUCCUUAUUUAAAUAAUGAAUAUGUCUGUCUGUUUAGUGUGAACAAUUUAAAUUGUGUCCUGUUCAAAAAGAAUGGUCAGAGUCCCACAAAAACUCUGAGUGUGCAUGUAUCAGAGAGCAGAAAGCAGGCAAUUUCUGUUUCUAUUCCUCUGGAAUAGAAUUACGUUUAUUCCCCUGGAGUGCAAGCAGAACCACACCUUAUGCAAACAUAAAAAAAAAAAAAUCCAUCAUAUGCUGCCAAAGCUUCUUCCUACUGCAAUUGUGACUUUCAGCUUGUCACUCUUUUGAGAGGGGAACACAAUUUGCUUGUGUUUUGUAUCUCAAAGAGGCUUAAUACUGUUUUAAAAACAUAGAAAACAUCACUCCCCAAACCAGAAAACCACAGUCUCGUCCUCUUGCACAAUGCAGCUUUGCUUCACUGUGCAAAUUCAUUCCCAGCCAUUAUAUAUAAUAACAGUAGCAAAUGAUGGUGCCACUUUUAAGUCAAAAUAUAUAGUAUAUAGGUCAAUUUAUCAUAUUGAUCAAAAGCUCAUCUUUUUAAAGCGAUUACGACAUUUGUAAUCAUUGAAAGAAAGGCUGCACUGAACAGGUUUCUUCUAGGGUCACUCUCAAUCCCUCAGCCUACAUAUAUCUUUAUUUUUUUAACUCUCCGUUUCUAUUAAGAUUCACCAAGGCUAUUAUGAAAGGUGCCCAGUGUUUAGCAUAGAAAAGAAUACAGAAUUAAUGAACUCAGUUGCAGGUCUGGCCUUGAGCGCUUAUGAAGAAAAAAACAUGGACUGAUUGUGCUAGACAGGGUGCACAGUUUUACUAGAACAAGGGAAGGGCAAUAAAAAUAUCAUCGCAUUUGGAUUUAUACAUAGAGCUCUUAUAGUGUAUAUAGGCAUAUGGAGAUUCUUCCUUUUAAUGUCAUGGCUAUCAAAGACACACUACAACAGCAUCAAGUAACCAGAAGAGCAAGAACCAGAACUUUAUAUCUACUUUGAUAUCCGAAGCAGUAAAGAGGGAGUAACGAAGAAGAAGAAGAGAAGAAGAAGAAUGUCAUGGUGGGAACACGUACACCCACUACACAAACACACAUACACAUUACAUACAUACAUACAUACAUGCAUACAUAUAUACAUACAUACAUACCUGUGUUUUCCAGAAAAUAAGACCGGGUCUUAUAUUAAUUUUUGCUCCAAAAGUUGCAUUAGGGCUUAUUUUCUGGUUAGGUCUUAGUUUUGGGAAAAUAUGGUACUAAAUGCAUCAUCUGGCUGACAAUCUUAACUGGGGCUUAUUUUGGGGGUAGGGCUUAUAUUAUGAGCAUCCUGGAAAAAUCAUGCUAGGACUUGUUUUCCGGUUGGGUCUUAUUUUCAGGGAAACAGGGUACAUACAUAUAUAUAUAUACAUACAUACAUACAUACAUACAUACAUACAUACAUACAUACAUACAUACAUAUCUGCAUACACAGAGAGAAAAAGCCACAGCAAGGUUGGCCUAUUCCAUUUGUGAAAAUCACUAUCAACAUCCCUGUCCGUGAUUUGUUAUUAAUUUCAGCAGGACUGUUGUAGGAAGAACGUCGGGAAGUAUUGCAUUUAUUUUGAUGUCUGAGAUAUUCUUCCAUCUUUCCUUGAAUCUGUUUGAUCUUGAGUUGAAGUAUCAGAUAUUAUGUUUCUGAUUAAGAAAGCAAACUUAUCCUUAAGCAGAGAACAGCUGUGAAAAUGCUUACUUACUGUUUUACCUUUUCACUAAAAAUAUAAAUCAUACAUGUCUCAAGAGACAGUUACUGUCAACCCUUUUAUCAAUGGAACUAAAAAAAAUAACCUAUGUAAAAAUGUGAACUUUGUAUUAUUUGACAACAUGUGUUACCCUACAAUUCCGUAUAUUUUUUCCAAUGGACUAAUAAAACUAUUGAGAACUAA